AUGGAAGGAGGCUACGAUGACAAGGUGUCAUUUGAAGGUGGUGCGAUGGCAUUGCAAGAGAUGGACAUGGAUGGAGUCAAUUAUCCGAACGGGAAGAAACGUGACGUGGAGGGAAUUGUGAUAUCAAGGCCUCUUAGGCCAUCUCUGAAUGAGAAGCUGCUGAAAGCAUUGCAUCUCUGCAUACGUUCGUUCGGAAGGGGUGCUCUGGCCCAGGUGUGGGUCCCACUGAGGAAUGGUGACGAAUGCAUCUUGAGCACGGCUGGACAACCAUAUUUACACGACGGGCGGCUGUCUGAGUAUCGCGAGAUAUCCAGACUCUUUUCUUUUGCUGCUGAGCCCGGAGCGAGCUCUCUUCUCGGGCUUCCCGGCCGUGUCUUCACCUCAAAGGCUCCGGAGUGGACUUCAAACCUGAUGUACUACAAUAAAGCUGAGUACUUGAGGGUGCAGCAUGCGGUUCAUCACAAAGUUCGUGGAUCUAUUGCUCUACCCGUGUUUGAAGGUGAUUCAGAUAAAAGAUCUUGUUGUGCUGUUCUUGAAAUCGUUACUACUGAGGAGAAAUCCAGUUUUUAUUCGGAGAUGGAACAUAUAUCUCGUGCUUUACAGGCCGUGGAUUUAAGCAGCAGGCAAUCGUCACGUCUUUCUCCACAGAGUCUUUCGAGUAAUCAAAGGGCGGCAUUGGCCGAAAUCAAGGACAUCUUGUAUGCCAUUUGUCGUUCUCAUCGCUUGCCACUUGCCUUAACAUGGAUCCCUAAUGAGACUGCUCAAGUGCUCUUCCUUGAGGAAUCUACCUGCUACUCGACCGGCGAGUGUAUGGAAGGAUUCCUGCACGCAUGCGCGAGUCACUUCCUCGAAGAAGGGAAAGGUCUAGUUGGAAAAGCUCUCAAAUCGAACAGACCCUUUUUCUACCCCGAUGUGAAGGAGUUUCAUGUAAGUGAAUAUCCGCUAGUUCAUCACGCUCGAAAACUAGGCCUCAGUGCUGCUAUUGCUAUCAAGCUAAGAAGUAGUUACACCGGUAAAGAGGACUAUGUCGUAGAGUUCUUUCUUCCGGUAGACAUAAAAGGGGAUAACGAGCGGCUUCUCUUGGUUAGAAGCAUCUUGUCUAAUAUUGAGACGAUCUGCACUAGUCUAAGUAAAGUAGAGGAAACGAUGCCUGAGCAGCCGGUUAUAAACGAUGAGCUACACUCCACCAAAAGAUAUUCUAAACAGACGGAGAAGAAACGAAAUACGAGUGAGAAGAACAUUAGCUUGAAUGUUCUUCAGAAAUACUUCUCCAGAAGCCUUAAAGAUGCUGCAAGUAGCCUUGGUGUGUGUUCUACAACUCUCAAAAGGAUAUGCAGGCAACAUGGAAUCGCUCGAUGGCCUUUCCGCAAAAUAAAAAAGGUCGAUCGGUCUUUGAAGAAGAUACAAGGCAUGCUUGAAUCUGUUCCGGGUGUAGAUCUCGACCGUGGUAGAAAUCUUUUGCUGACCGGCCGAACCAGUUUGUCUGAACAAAGAAAUGUCGUUGGCCAAUCCCCAGUAUGUGAGGUCAUUGAUGUCGAAAGGGAAGAAGAAUUUCUUCUAGAUAUGGAAGAUGUAUCGAACCGCUGUGUUUGCGAUGGAUCCAAGUUGGCUGCAUUAGACAUGAGUUCGUCAUGGCCGGCUAGUUUGAACACGAUGCCUUGGAUGAGUACAUCAAUGGAUCCACACGAGCUGUUCCUUUCCCAAGCUGGGAACAAUGGUUGGAAAGCAUGCUCCAUUGAUGAGAUUGAAAAGGGGACGACUCGUACGAGCAAGGAGGCAUCAUCGGACGUGACUGACUCGCAGCACGUCUCUGAAUCUGUGUUGUCGAUGAACGUCGGUUCCUCAAGCUCAGGUAGUUUUGAUGAAACUACACAUGUGAGGAGAGAUGGUGCGAUAAUCACAGUGAAAGCUACGGACGGAGAAAACAUAGUGCGGUUCAAGUUCGUGCCAUCUGCAGGGUGCUUUGAACUGUAUUCGGAGGUGGCGAAGAGGUUCGAACUUGGGACAGGGGAGUUCCAGCUCAGGUAUCUUGACGACGAGGAGGAAUGGGUGUUGCUGGUAACCGAUUCGGAUCUGGUCGAAUGUGUCGAGGUGUUGGAGUUGCUUCACACUCGUACGGUGAAGUUUCGUGUAAGUCGGUCGAGGAGGAACUGAGGUACAAAAUAUAGUUUCUCGACAGACACAGGGAUAUUCAUGUACCACUAUAUGUGAAUAUCUCGACAGUUCAUAAAAUUGCAACAAAGUACGA